GAAAGGUUGUGCGGCGUUUCGUCUCAGAGUCGCUGCCUAGACUCAUCCAGUGGGGUUGAUGGCAGCGACUCCUUACCCCAGACGCUUGUUGUUGUGUAACUACUCGCUAGGCUGGAUUUGGUCGGUCACACCCCAUCCUAACGGUGUUCCCGCACUCUGCUUAACAUCGAAUAUCGAUCGACUUCGACGCUAGGCGCACAGCCACUUGCGGCUUGUACAAGUUGGUGUUCGAAACUCUUACUCGAGGGACCAUAGGUCGCUACAAACCGAGUCAAUUGUCACUUAUUGUUAAAAAAUCCCAAUUCAGAGGAAUAAUUUGUCAGUUUUUUAAAUUACAACGUCCUUUUAAGACUCUUAGCUUUCAUUUUGUGUCCCAUUUAUUGUUCAUAGUGUAUUAAUAAAAAUUUUUAAAUUUUGUCAUUGCUAACUGGGAUAAUUCAGGGCGGAAAUGCUAGCGAGUAAAUAGCAAUAGCUAGCUUAUGUAAAUAUUUUCUGUUCCUUUGUGUUUCUUUGUGUCCCUUUGUACCUUCCCGGGAGCAAAAUCUGCUCCUAGUUAAUCCCUAAUUACAUUACAGGAGCACAUAACCUCGACAUAUUUUACCUUAAACCAUGCAUUUCUCCUUUCAGAAUGUUUCUUCCAAAGCCUCAUAUGUUCAGCAAUCACAGUUCCAUAUACAAGCAAUCAUAUUAACUCCAUCAGAAGUACUGCGAUUCAAGAAUACAUUGUUCAAAUUGGCAAACUUAUUGGCCUGUCGAACAUCAGAUUUAUAUCUAGAAUUUCUCAAGACUGAGAGUUUGUUUAUAUUAGGAUAGUAAGCACAAAGCUGACAGAAUACAGAGAACCAUACAAAAGUAAAGAUCAACUCUUACUACCUGAAAAUUAAAAUUCAACCAAUCAUUUUUAAAUUCAAAUGAUUAAUACUAUCCAAUGUAUGCUCUAUAAUUCUGCACUAAAUCAUUUUUAAAGAGUUUGUUAGAAACAAUAUGAGACUCAUCUCCCAGAUUAUCUUCAUUGGCACAAGAUAAAUGAUCCAGGAUACAUCUUGAGUUUUCUUUGUCAGAUGUCAAAUCCAAAUUCAAAGACAUUUUAAACGUAUCUAAAUCUACCCAAAUAAAUUAAGAUAAUACAUCUUAUUGGAUACAUCUAUCGGAAGAAAAGUAGCUUGCUUGUACUGCAGAAAAUAGGAUCAUGUGACUAAAUUCUGCCAAAACUUUGAUUUCCAGCCACUGCUUUUAAUCAAUUCUAGCUCAUGUCAGAACGAAAUAAUGAUCCAGUCAUCUGAGCAGCCAGAAUCUUUUCCUAAGUUACCUUCAUUCCAGAUUUCUACUACAUCAUUAUUUCAGAUACAUACUGCAUGCUGAAACUAUCAGAAACUGUGCUCCUGCCACCAUGAAGAGAGACAGCUUAUUGACUUCAGCUGUUCCAACAACUCUUCUUUUAGCUGUUAAAGAUGAUAGUAGACAUGAAGCAGUUGUUUCUAGCAAAGAAAUCAAGAAACUCAAAAUAGCUAACAGAGCAGAGACUAGAAGACCUAGAAGAAAUCUUGCUAUUGCUGCCUGUCAAGGAUUACAUCUCGGAUCCUACUCAAACCCAAACUUAAGAUAAAAAGCUGUAUCACAAGAAUUAUCAAACGCCUCAAUAGUUCCUAUUUAGAAGAUUCUGUGAGUAAGGAUUUCUUUCUUCUAGAAGAAGACUCCAAUUAGGUUAAAGUUCAUAUCUACAACUAUUAUAUUGUUAUGGGUUUUCUUCUGAAACUCAAGAAAUCUUCGCUUUAAGCACCUGGAAAUUCAGUCAAUUAUGAUAUCCUGAUUCUUGUCUUUGAAACAUGGCUUCCCAGGAUUCAUAGAGUUCAGAAAGGACAGAAUUCAUUCAAAAGGUGGUUGGAAUUCUAAUUCUUAUCUGUAAAAACAUAGUUUUCAGGCAAAUUACUAACAUCAAAUAUCCUAAUAUCUCAAUUAAACUAUGUGGUCUUUGUUUAAAUAAUGUAAAGUCAGAAUUGGAUACAUUUAUUUGUGUAGAGCUCCAGACUUCAGUCUCACACAAGAUCAGUGGGAUCUAAUUGUUCAAAAUAUUGACACUAAACGCAACUUCAUUGUAGUAGGUGACUUUAACGCUCAUCAUUCUAAUUGAAAUUGUAAAUAUACAAAUAGCCAGUGGAAGAUCUUUUAAUGCCUUGGAAACUGCUGAUCUUCUACUACACAAUGACAACUCUUGUACAUAUAUUA